UUGCUCUCUCACGUUCCAUCACUCUUCAGAAAAAGGAAAACGAACAAAAGAACAAAAAUAAAAAUAAAGUUGUCCAAUGGAGAAAUGAGAUUCUUGGAGAGAUUCUUGAGAGACAAGUUUUGGUUCUGAAAGAUCAAAGAUGAUGAUGCUUCGAUAUACACUCGCGUGUCUUCUCAUUUUCUCAUUUGGUCUCACUUCUUCCUCUGCUCGCCAAGCACCAUAUUCAUUGCGGAUCAGCUGCGGAGCUCGACAUAACGUUAAAACACCACCAACUUAUGUACUUUGGUACAAAGACAUUGCCUAUACUGGAGGAGUACCUGCAAAUGCAAACCCGCCUAGUUACAUAACUCCUCCCUUGAAAACACUUCGUUACUUCCCAAUCUCCGAAGGUCCAAACAACUGCUACAACAUAGUCCGAGUGCCAAAGGGACAUUACUCUGUGAGGAUAUUCUUCGGUAUAGUUGACCAGCCUAACUUCGAUAAAGAGCCUCUCUUCGACAUAUCAAUCGAAGGCACUCAGAUUUACUCUCUCAAGUCCGGUUGGAGCAGUCACGAUGACCAAGUCUUCGCCGAAGCUCGCGUUUUCCUCAUGGGCGGCACAUCCACGAUCUGUUUCCACAGCACUGGCCACGGCGAUCCCGCCAUCCUCUCCAUCGAGAUUCUCCAAGUUGAUGAUCAAGCUUACAAUUUCGGCCAAGGCUGGGGAGAGGGGGUGAUUCUGAGAACCGCCACGAGGCUGACUUGCGGCACUGGGAAGCCGAGGUUUGAUGAGGAUUACAGUGCUGAUCGUUGGGGCGGCGAUAGGUUUUGGAAUCCAAUGAGGUCUUUUGGUGAAGGUGCUGACUCUCCCAGAUCAACUGAGAAUACUAUCAAGAAAGCUUCCGUCUCCCCGAACUUUUACCCUGAGGGACUCUAUCAGUCUGCCUUGGUUAGCACGGAUGAUCAACCUGAUUUGACUUAUAGCAUUGACGUGGAGCCUAACAGAAACUAUUCGGUGUGGAUGCACUUUGCUGAGAUUGAUGCUACCGUGACUGCUGAAGGGAAAAGAGUGUUUGAUGUUGUUAUUAAUGGUGACACUUUCUUUGAAGAUGUGGAUGUUAUAAAGAUGAGUGGCGGUCGGUACACGGCGCUUGUUCUCAAUGCGACGGUGGCUGUGAGUGGAAGAACUUUGACGGUUGUUUUCCAGCCUAAGGGAGGUGGUCAUGCGAUUAUCAAUGCGAUCGAAGUCUUUGAGAUCAUAACUGCUGAGUUUAAGACAUUAAGGGAUGAAGUGAGUGCCUUACAGAAAAUGAGAAAAGCUUUGGGGCUUCCUUCGAGGUUUGGAUGGAAUGGUGAUCCAUGUGUUCCCACACAACAUCCCUGGAGCGGAGUUGAUUGUCAGCUGGACAAGAACACCAGCAGAUGGGUCAUUGAUGGACUUGAUCUUGAUAACCAAGGUCUGAAGGGUUUCUUACCAAACGACAUCUCAAAGCUGAAACAUCUCCAGAGCAUAAACUUGAGUCAAAACAGCAUUCAUGGAGGAAUGCCUGCAUCGCUUGGAAGCAUUACAAAAUUGGAAGUUCUGGACCUCUCCUACAAUUCUUUCAAUGGAUCUAUCCCUGAAACCAUAGGAGAGUUAACAUCGCUGCGGAUUCUGAAUCUCAAUGGAAACUCUUUCUCAGGAAAAGUACCAGCAGCUGUGGGUGGAAUGCUGUUGCACAGAGUAAGAUUCAACUUCACAGAUAACGCAGGUCUUUGCGGUAUCCCGGGGCUUCCAGCUUGCGGGGCGCACCUCUCUUCUGGGGCCAAGAUCGGGAUUGCAUUUGGUGUUAGUAUAGCCUUCUUAUUGCUCGUUUUAUGUGCAUUGAUAUGGUGGAAGAGACGACAAAACAUUCUUCGAGCACAGCAUAUUGCAGCAAGAGGAGCUCCUUAUGCGAAGAAGAGAACCAAUGUAUCUCAUGACAUUCAAAUGACACGGCACGGGCAUAACAAUAACCAUGGCCAAGCACGUACUGCUGUUGAAAAUGGACCGAGCUUGUUGUCCUGAUUCCCACUUCUGUAUUUUUCGUUCAG